AUGAAUGGCUUCAUGGUGGGGCUCAAUAAGUGGAUGCAGAGUUCAAGGAGUUCAUUGGAGGAGGUCAUGUUUACAAGUCUAUACAAUGAGGCAUCUUCCCCGGAUUAUCUUAACCCCGGGGUAUACCUGCUUAACUCCGGGAUCGGCUUAUCGGCUUAUCGGUUCCGAGACCCCGAGCUAGGCCCCAUUUCUAGCUCCCCGCAUAAGCUUAUCCGGCCCCCACCACUGAACCCGUUCCUUGCGCCACCAUCUCCCAGGAAUAAUCGCUAUCAAUAUUCACCGUUCAAAUUCGCCAUGAUGAAUUCCACAUCGCCCAAGUUGCCAGAUGCAUCAGUUUGUGAGCCUACUCCUAACACUGCUACAAUAGGCCAGGCAUCUUCUGAGUCGCCUGCGACCGGGACAUCACAUACGCGUCUCCGCAGCUGUACCUUCUGUAGGUCUCGCAAGAUCAAAUGUGAUCGCCAGCAACCAUGCGCGAACUGUGUGCGCACAACCAAUCAAUGCAUCUACCCAUCGGGAUCAGGCAGAGCUCCUAAGCGACCGCGACCCAGCGAGCAAGAGAUGUUGCGUGGCAUACUGAAACACAUGAUGGAGCAGGAUGCACUACGAAGAGGAAACCUGGAAGGUUCCACGGUGGCUGGGACGAAAGAAAGGUCAUUUCAUGAUACGCCAUCUGGGACUAAAUUUGGAUAUGUGCCUCCAACAAUCCCAAACCCGGCUGAUGAAUUAAGGGAAAUCGACGCGACACGAAAGAUAAUGAUCCAGCAAAUUAAAGGAGUGCGGGAUAUGUGUCUAUCCGAGGGACAUCAGUCUAGAGCACUUAAACUGAAGGAGACAUUGCAGAAAUUCUCAGACCUGGAGGAGACAAUUCAGACAUUAUCUGGGGAUACAUCGGGAAAUUUACCUUCGAAAAUCCCUAGCUUGGAUGGAUCAAACGAUUCAAGCCAAAUGGAACAACAAUUCGGCCGCUUAGCGAUUGACGACACCCGGAGCUGCUACGUUAGCAACGUUCUAUGGGCCACCCUUUCGGAUGAUAUUGAAGAGCUGCGCGAAUUGCUAGAUGAUCCAUGGUCGGAACCAGACGACCCAGAUGACAAAUUUGAUAAAUCAACAGAAGCUUCGUUCGGAGAUACGGCUUCAGAUCAGGGUUCAAACGCAGCGAUAAUGGGAUUCCACACCUUAGCGCAGUCAUUGUGCACUUACCAUCCUUCUGUCUCCAUGUCGGUAGCAUUACUCGAGAUUUUCCAAAGCAACGUGGCACCGACGGUCCAUAUUUUCCAUAUGCCAACAAUGAUUUGCUCCUACUGGGAUGCCGUAGGCUCAUAUGGAGAAAUGAGCCGUCCGACCGAGGCCCUACUCUUUGCGAUUUAUUAUUCCGCCGUGAUCAGUAUGGAAUCUCACCAAUGUGAACAAAUUUUACAUAUGCCGCGAGCGACAGCCCUGAAGCAUCUUCAGUUUGCGACACAGCAAGCUAUGGCACGUGCAAACCUCCUGAACACGCAGAGUAUGGUGCUGGUUCAAGCGGCAGUCCUUUUCUUAUCUGCUCUACGUAACGAAGAUGCCUCGCGCACUGUUUGGUCUCUCACUGCACUUGUCGUCCAUAUCGCCCGGUCUAUGGGUUUACAUCGUGAUGGUGCAGCUUUUGGCCUGCGACCCUUGGAGACGGAGCUUCGGCGACGUCUUUGGUGGCACAUAUGUCUCUUGGAUAUUCGAUCAUCCGAAUAUCAUGGCUGCGAGCCUAUUGUGCACGAGUCCAUGUUCGACACACGAACUCCCCUUAAUAUCAAUGACAGUGACUUGACAGCUGAGAUGAUAGAGCCACCUGCUGAGCGUGAGGGGGCGACAGAGAUGACAUUCUGCUUGAUUCGCUGCGAGUCCAUGCGCGUUGUGUGGAAGACCGGGUACACCCAACCGAAUAUGCCGCCCUUGGGUCAACCUACAGAAGGGCUUUCUUUUCAUGAUCGCACGGCUCUAGCCAAGGGUCUGGAAGUUUGCUUACAAGAGCGCUAUCUGAAACACUGUGACCCAUCCAACCCAUUCUCGAUCCUUUGCGUGACUGUAGCACAGCUAAUCAUCGCUCGCACCUGGCUGGUGGUUUACUACCCGCUCAUCCACAAGGAUCGUGGAGCUGUAUUGCCUUCGAACACACGCGACCGACUAUUUUUGACAGCGAUCAAAGUUCUUGAAAUGUCAAACAUUCUCCUGACGAACCCGGAUCUCGCACAAUGGCAGUGGCACUCAAAGACACACAUUCAAUGGCAUGCUGUAGCCUUUGUCUUGUCAGAGAUUUGCGCGCGCCCACCCUCUGCAGACUGCGACCGUGCUUGGGAAUAUGUUCAGACAGUCUACAAUCGGUGGAAGAUGAAGGAAUACAAAGGCAAUCGGUGGCGGCCGAUCAAGCGUCUUAAGGUAAAAGCACGGUAUACUCGUGAGAUCCAGAGGACCAGCACCAUUGGCACCAGAUCAAAUAGCGUUGGUCCCGCUCCGCCUUUCACAGUACCAGGAUUUAUUCCUCGCGAGGGUGUAACUCCAGAGUCGGCGGUUCAAACUUCAAGCUUCGAUGAAGAAGGUAGGCCUCUGCCUCCAAGGCCAUUGGAUCCAUUGUUCUUCGAAAUGUUUUCGGGAGAAAAUAUGUUCAAUCCACCUCCAAUCCUUGCGAAUCCAGGUGAACUUGAUGAUAUCAGCAUGGCAGACUGGAUUAUGUAUCCAUAUGAUUCAAACAUGGAAUACUGA